AGGCUCCAUUAGAUAUCAAAUUGGAUGAUGGGAACAGAAACAAAUAAAGCUGAAGAAUGCAAAUUUGGACCAUAUACUGCACCUAAUUAUGGUAUGCAUUUAAAUCUGAUAAAUUUAACUUAAGUUGUUUUGUUCUCUGUUUUGUAGCUGGAAAUUUCUAGACAUGUAAAUUUUAUGCACUUAAUAUUAGACCUAACCCGGAGCAGUUGAAAAAAUGCAACUAUAGGCCCUGUGUUGAAUGCAGUAAAUGUAUAAAUUGAAAUUUCUGUCUACAGAACCCUUCGACAAUAGGUUCUAUCGAGUGAGAUACCCCAAAUCCUGAUAUUCUCGCUAUUUUGGUCUUAAUUUAAAACGUACAUGACACAAUCUUUAUUAGUCAGUUUACAAAGAGGAGUUUGUAUUGUGUAACCCAUUCAACAGAGCUUUCAGAAAUAAUAGAGUAGGUGGCUACUGGCUGUGUUAACAAAGUAGGCAGCUAUGGGGAGGGCGGUCCAGGGAGCCUUAAAGUCAUCCAAAUUAACUAGUGUAUAGUGAUUAGAUACCAACACAACUGAGCUCUGUAACCAAAUUAUAAUAUGUCACCACUAAUCAUUCUUCAACAAGAUAACUUCAAGAUUUAGGAUGGCAAAUAACUAAGUCAGUUUUGCGAAAUAGUAUACGUCCUCUUCUAAAAUAAUAACGCUAUAAAGUGGCCCAAUCUUGAGGAAAAAUAACUUUGUUUGAAAGCUUAGAGUGGAGGAAGGAGAGCAGAAUUGAUACUUCAAGUAUUAAACAAAGUAACCGACGGUGAACCUCGUGGCACCCGCUGGAGCACCGGCGGCCGGCGGCUUAUUUUCAUUGAAAGCUCUGAUUGAGUGGCAGCACUCUCCCCUUGAUGAGUAAAAUCGUCUGGCGUUAGACAGUAAAAUAAUAAAGUAGGGCACAUCAAAGUGCAUUGCCACUGAAAGGGUUAGGAAGAUGCAUGGACGGAUAGUCUGAUUAACCCACUGAGUGGCAGCACUCUCCCCUUGACGAGUAAAAUCAUCUAGUGUUAAACUGAGUAAUUAAUGAUAAAAUAGGGCACAUCACAGGGCGCAUUCCCACUUAAAGGGUUAACAUACUGAGAUCUGUACAGAGGCAUUUGCUUUGAAUUAAUUUAUAUUUGGUAAUAUUUAGAUUUUGAAAGAACUUUGCAUUGGCUGCCUGGAGACAGACACUACUUACAAGGCUCUCACCAAGGUAAAUUUAGGAUGUUAUAUUUAGUGCAAGACUCUCCCCUUGAUGAGUAAAAUCGUCCGGCAUUAGACAGAGUAAUAUAAUAAGGUAGGCGCAUUUGGACACGUUGCUGCUUAACGGGUUAAUCGUAACCAGGGCUGUUCAAGGGGGCAAGGGGGGGGGGGCACCCCAAAAUGAAGAAGGGAGAUGUAAUAAAAUAAAUAUUAAUAAAUGGUUGUAGAUAAUACAAUUAAUUGCAUAGUUCAAAAACAUAUAUAGGUCAGUGGCACAAGUUUGUUGCAAAUAGCAAGAAAAGUUACCUAUGAUGACGUUAUUGACUCAUUUGCAUUUAAAGGCGCACGUAAAGUACACCUUUAACUUGUUCAAAUCUAAUUCACUUGUAAGAAUUUGUAAAUAGUAUUUUACACCUUUGUACGAUACUGUAGCUACUGUACACUAAAUAAAAAAGGGAGAAAACUGUGCCCAUGGGGAAGGGGCACCCAGGUUGAUUUUUUCCCUGGGCCCCCAAAUUUCUCUGAAUGGCCUUGGUCAUGGCACAUUUUCAUUAACUGACAUGGUAAACAAACAAAGCAAAAAGAUUUGAAAUACAAACGAAAUUAUACAACUAGUUUCAUAAUAUUCUGACACUGCAUAGACGAACGAAAAAUUCGUUGGCUCGAGCGGGAUUUGAACUCGCAUCUUCGGGUAUCUAGACCGCCGCUCUACCCAUUUAGCUAUCUAGUCAACAGGGAUUGGUAGCGAGUAUUAUCUGAUUUAAGUGCACGAAAUAUUUUCGUGACAACUUAAAGCUCGUCUUGCGAGUUCAAAUUCCGCUCGAGCCAACGAAUUUUUCGUUCGUCUAUGCAGUGUCAGAAUAUUAUGAAACUAGUUUUUCAUCUCUGAGGAUGGUUCUGAAAUACACAACUAGUAACGGAGCAUAUCUAAGCUUCUAGCAAUCAAGUGCUUGGAAUCAUAUGUUGUCUAUUAAUAUGUUGCAUGCAGUCUUUAAUAUUACAAUAGGUAUGAGAGCUAUGAUUUUGGAAAUCUCGCGGAAUGUUAAAGUCGGUUCCGGCCGGAACUGAGAAUAUCGGUUCUGGUGCAUCCCUAUUGUUAUGGCCUUUACAAGAUUUCGUCUGUCUUGUAUUUCAACUAUCAUGCAGUAAUUAAACUAGGAGCUACAAAUUCUUACAAAAAUUGUGGGAAAUGCUGUAAAAAUUACUGAUUGAAAUAAAGUGCUUGUCCAGCAGUUCUUUUUGACUGCUUGCUUGUACAGUAUAUUAUAGUAUAUUAUUUAGUAGCUGUUCGUAUAGUAUAAUGACUGGAUCAAAAAUCUGGACACAAAAAUCAUCAUUUAUGUACUGUAUUUUUAGAUUUUAUCGACUUAUUCUCACUCGAAGACUACAAAGAUGGAAAUACUGUGAAGGUAAUUGAAGGUCGUUCUUAGCUGGUUUAUGAAUUCCGAGCACAUUUUCUUAUAGUGCCGCAAUAGACAGGAAACAAAAUCUUUGAUUUAUAUUAAAAGCUGCAUGUAGUUGUAAAUGGAAAAAUUUCAGGGGCAGCAACGAACGCAACUGAGGAAGCUAUCAUUGAUGCUGGUUUUAACAGAGCUCGCUAUAUUGUAAGAAAUAAAUGAGUAAGAUAUUAUUGCCCAAAAUGAUCCUGAUAUUUCCCCAUAUACUUUACCAUGGCAUCACCGCAGUAUAUGUACAUGGUGAAUUUGUGGUCAGAGCUCGACAACUGGCCUCUGUAGCUCAGCUGGUUAGAGCGCUGCACCGGAAUCGCUGGGUCGCAGGUUCGAUCCUUGCCAGAGGGCCUAUAGUUGCAUUUUUCGCAACUGUUCCUGGUUAGGUCUAAUAAAUGUAUAAAACUUACACUCGAAAUUUUCAAACACACUAAAUCUAGUGAUGCCCAAAAUAAUCCUAAGAAAUAAAUGCCAUAGUUUUUCUGUCCAUAAACGUAAGGCAUAUGGAAACGGAAUAUUCUUACUUCAAUAUUCAAAAUUCCUACCUGCAUUAUUCGUCUUACUAAAGCAAAUAUACAUUCUAAUUUUGUUUCAAAUUUUCAUAUAUAUUCAUAUUCCUACUCUGAAUGUUCAUAUUCUGUCCUAAAUAUUCCUAACAAAUAUUCAUAUGCAGACUACUUUAAAACGGGUCCAGUAUUCAAUAUUCCACUUUCACCCUCGAAACCUAAAUGUUUAGACUGGCAUGUAAUAAUAGGAAUUGCACCCUGUCCGCCAUAUUGAAUUUAAACGCCCCGGGCGGAGUAUACGGAGUCUGGGACUAGAUUCGACAUAGACUUUUUACGAGCUAUUUCAAACAAAAAGUGAGGGAGGACAUUUUUAUUUCAUUUCCCACACAACAGAUAUACUAAGGGCAAAUAUAUAUAUAUGGUUUUAGAUGGCUACAUAACAUUGAAUAGCAAAAAGAAAAAAAAAUUAAACUAAACACUAAAAUAAAGCAGGCCGGAAACCAACGCAAUUACGUUAACGACGCAUUUGCCACUGGCGCCACAACGCAACCAAUCGAAAAUUGCGUAUUAUGAUUCCACGAUUGAAUACAGAUAGAUAGAUCAAAUCAAAUCAAAUCAAAUUUAUUUCCGUAGGGUAUAACCUCUUCAGUAAUAUAUCACUGGUAUCAAUGAGGGCCCUAGAUAGACAGAUAGAUAGAUAGAUAGAUAGAUAGAUAGAUGAUUUAUUCAGUUUUAAGAGACUUUACAGCUGAUAAUGGCUGAAUUGCGUUAAAACUUUACAAUUAUAAAAAUUUAACAAACCUAAUGAUUAAAAAUAUUUACAAUUACUAACAAUAAAAGAAUUCAUAAACCGAUCAGUUUUGGCCCUUGGAACGUUAAGUUGACUUUUACGUCUCAGUUGGUAUGAACAGUUAUUUUCAGAUGGUAGUAGAGAUCUGAGUUUGUGAGAUUGAUCUCGAGUGAUCUCAUUAAACAACUUGCACGUCAAGAGCUGCCUGCGUUCGAAGAGGCGAGGCAGAUCGCUUUCUUCGAGGGAAUCAGUGUAUAAGGCAUCCAAGGGUAGAUUAUUCUUAGAGCUCUCUUCUGCAGCCUUUCAAUGUCGUCUGAUAGGUACUUGGGUAGCGGUUUGGUUAGUUUGGUUGGUUAGCGAGUUGGUUAGUUAGUUGGGAAUACAGGUUAGGUUUUCUCGGUAUAGUUAUCAUGUUAUAAUAUAAAGCGAUGUGUCUAUACGCGUUGCUGUGAGUUUUUAAACCGGAUGAUUAAAAAUCUGAUUUGCUUUAAUAAUACGGUCAAAAAUAGAUUAAUCUGACUUGUUUUCUUUACUAUCGAGAUGAAAAGAUGUAUACAAACUAUAGAACUGUUUUGAAAAUUGGUGUCGUAUUGUGUCGUAAUACAUUUUCGUCCUAAAAUAUCUUUUGGUGGAAAAAUUCCACUAAAUCCAACGAAAUUCGUGGAAAAAUUGUAUAUCAAAUGUAUAUCCCAGGCUCCUACUCAUUUAAAUUCAAUAGGGCGGCCAGGGUACAAUUCCUACCACAAGUCAGACUAGGCAUAAUUCUUAUCUCGACAGCCAUUGAUCAAUAUGAGGUCAAAACUGUUCCCUAGUAGCUGUUUCAAAUUUGGAAUUCAGUGACAACAUUUUAAACAUCUAUUUGGUGCUAUUCAGUUACCCAGGGAAGAGUGGGGUAGACCAAUGGGGUGGACACACUCGCGCCGCGAGGACACACUCCCCCGUGGCGACGCCAAUGCCAGGAAUAGAUUUAUAAGCACAUUCACUCAGGUAAAAAAUUGUUCCAAAGUGGCGGACAGCUCAUUAUUUUUAAUCAAAAUAUCUCAAUAAGUAUAAGAGGUUUUCUAUAUGAUUUAGAAGUUCUUUCAAAUGAAACAAACUAAAUUUAUUAAUUGAACCUAAUUCAAUCACAUGAACAAAUUUUCUACGACAAAUGUUUGUGACAAUUUUAUAUAUUAUGUUGCCUGUGUUCAAGCCCAAAUAUUGGAGCUUGUCUCUGUGGAUAGUCCCUGCCAUUGGUUCAAUGCAACUAUUUUCUCUUUUCAAUUUGUUGUAAAUAUACUGGCGAAACUUGUAAAUUAAAUUUGAAAAAAAUCAAAUAAAAAUUAAUUUGUGGCAAAUUGUCCAUGACCGAAAGCAGCCAAAGUGGCUGUGUACAUGAAACAAACGUCGAAGAAAAUUUGCUCGUACAGAAAGGGCUUUUGUAAGGACAAAAAAUGGUUUAAAAUUUAAAAAUAUGUUUGUUUAGCAGUCGGACCCAACCGAGUUGAUUGAAACUGCAAAACGGACUUUGGCAAAAGGAGAAUUGGAGAUCGCUGAAAAUUACUUGAUUAAGACCAUGCGCACAGUUAUGUUGGACAACUCACAUAAAAGAAAUCCAGAGGCGUAUCGCUACUUAGCUGAAGUCCUAGAGAGGAAAGCCCAAGACAUGAAUUUAGAUUUGUUGCAGAGACAACUGUAUCUGCUUCAGGCUGCAGCAUUGUAUAACUUUGUGUGCAGCUAUCUGAAAACAGAGGACGUGGAGGGCGAAUUGUCCAAAAACCUAUCGAAAAUCGUCUCUCGUAAGCUAGUUGAUAUCCAAGACAACAUGGUUGCAAUGGUUGGAGGAAAUCCUCUUUACUGCAAAUUUGAUCCAGAGCUUAAAAAAAAUGAGCUGAAAAAUUUAAGGAAUGAAGUAGAAAAGUCGUUGGAGUCCAUGGAGUGCCGUAGAUCGUCUAAGAACCAAGACCCCUUAAACAAAUGUGAUGUGCGACAGAUGCCGAAAGAUGAAAUUGAGGAGAUAAAAGGACUAUCUGAUACAAUUUCGAUUAGAAUGAAGCAAUUCUUGGCAGGGAUAAUUAACGAAUGUUUAGAAUUACUUGGAACACCACCUUGUGAUUAUGACGUUAUUGUUCUUGGGUCUUUAGCAAGAAAUGAAAUGACGCCAUACUCGGAUUUCGAAUGGGCUAUUCUCACAAACUCAGAAGAGGAAAAAUGUAAAGUUUUCUUCCGAAAUUUAACAAACCUGGUUCAUUUGCAGGUAGGCCUAGUUUUUGUAGUCGAAUAAUUUUCAGUAGUCUUAUGUUUCUAUCAUAUUAAGUUUAUCAAUUUUUUUCGUGUGUACGGUCGCCAAGGAAAACUUAACAAGUGUACAAGAAAUACUUGCACGGUUUUGGCAAACAACAGUCGGCCUUGACGUGAAAUAAAUGUUUAACAAUAUUCCGUGCAUACAAGCAACAAAACUUGUCAAGGAAAACUUGUUUACCGUACACACGUAAAGGUAAACUGGUCAAGGAAAACUUGUUGACCGUACACACGAGAAGGUAAACUUGUCAAGGAAAACUUGUUGAAUAAGCACAUGAGGUAAAGAAGACAUUUAGCGAUGAAAAACACGGGUGAAGUGAAGAGUGAGAGAAGAGGGAACAAAAAUAAGUGGGAAAGAAUCCAGGGUAGGAAUCAUACCAAAGCAGUGAAUAUAUUUGAGCAAUCUUUACCUUAUUUUAGAUUAUCAACCUUGGAGAAACCAUUUUACCUGGUAUGAAUAUUGAAGCAAUUAAUAAGGGAUGGUUUUUUGAUGACAUAACGGCAAGAGGAGUUUCGUUUGAUGGGUUUCUUCCACAAGCGUGCAAGACGCCUUUAGGAAAUAUGCCUUUAGGAAAUAUGCCGAAAUAUGAGCUGAUUCAUACACCAGAGAAAAUGGCAGAUUUCCAGAGCAACGAUUGGUAUCGCAAGAAUUGGAAAUUAGGAGACACCUUGUUGACCGUUUCCCCUCUGCAACCGGAUAAACAUAUAUUGGUUGAUGCUUAUCGAAAGGAGGUGGCUAAAAUCAUGUCUUGUCCUUGUGAUUCAGAAUGUUGUGAACAUGAUGCUUCGUGUGGUACUUGGCCUACCCGGGGAUCCUGCCGAGGGCUGAACACUCUUCGCAAAGAUGUGUCUUGUUAUGGAGAUGUGAUGACUGGCAACAACGACUUGGACGAUGGGAAAUUUUAUGAUGUCAAAAAGGAAAUUUAUCGUUUAACAGACCGUGUAUUUGCUGCACUGGCGAAAUGUUAUGAAUUUGAUGCAAACGGAACUUUUGCCAUUCUUGACGAACUGUACAAAAGGGAAAUAAUUUCGUCGGAAGCAAGAGAUAACUUGGCAAGUGCUUCGGCCAUUGCAAUUAAACUAAGAAUAAGUACUUAUCUUAAAGCUGGAAAACAAGGAGAACAACUGAAGGAGAGUUCAAACGAAGAAACGGGAAAGUUGACAUCUCUUUAUUGUAUGCCGAACAAUGAAGAACUGUUUCAGUUUUUCUUUAUUGCCAUUCCUUUGUAUGAAGAGUUACGAAAGUUCAAGGCAGCCGGAAACGUACUGCUGUCGCUUACACACAAUCCAUUCUUUGACGAUUCUGAUGUCACGAUGGGUCAUGUAUAUUGUCGCUUGUUAAACUACGACGACGCUCUGAAAUGCUACGAUCGUGCCCUUCAACAGGAUCCAGAAAAUCUGAGUAUUGAAAUCCGUCGAAUAAGUGCUGCACUUUGUAUUACAAAGGGCACAGAAGAGACGGAUAAGAUUCGAGAAAAUUUGGAGACCUUGUUGAAGAAAAUAGACCAAAGCUGGACCGAGCCGCAUCAGGAAACCGCACCAUUUGCCAAUCGCUUGGACUUGGAGGAAAGUCGGCAGUUGCUAGAAGUAUUGCUUUCGGUUUCUUCGUUUUGUGAUUGUCCCGAAUAUUUUGUAUUGGCAGAAAAGAUUUUUUCAGCGGUAGAGGGAAACAAACACAGUGCUGCAAGAGAACUGCUCAUGAUGAAAUUUGCGUUUAUAAAACAUAUUCCGGCGAAUAUAGUUCAGCAAUACAGUAUUGACGCCAUAACUUCAGAAUUGACAUCUUCGAUUGAUGAAGAAGGCGUGAGCACCAAGAGUAUUGUGUGGUUAAAUAUGCUGGGCGAGUUUUUGUAUAAUCAGGGUAAAACCGACAAAGCCUAUCGUUGUUUUCAAAGAGCACUGAGCAUGGAACACCACCUCUACGGGACCAAACCAAACGUAAAAAUGAUGACAUCGUUAUAUUUUCUUGGGACGACCUCAAAGGACUUAUUCAUGUGUAGAGAAAGCAAAUUUUACUUCGAGUCGUUGGUGCAACUGUUUGAAUCAUUUGGCGGACUUGCCUCUAAAUUAAUGGUUAAGAAAGCUUAUUUGCAGUUGGCGUGGUUGGGCGACGUAAUGGAAUAUUCUACAGAGGAAGCUCAGUGCUACCUCGAGAAAGGUUUAAAGACAACCACGGGGAGCCGAAAUGACACAGAAUUAAAAUUAGAUUGUGCCCUUUACUGCAAGUUAGCAACUACAUUCCAUGCUAAACACAACCAAGAACAAGCUUGGAAGUCUGCUUUGGAUGGGAAAGCCUGUCUUCUUGGAAUAGAAGACAGAGUAACGAUGAUUUGUCGACUCGCUGGGACCUUGGCUGAAAUCAACAAAACAAACGAAGGAAUUUUAAUAUUGAAGGAAGAAAUUAGUCAAAAACUCACUUCCCAGUCUCAGAUGGAAGAAAAGGUCGUGUGUCUUAUGAAGCUCGGUAAACUUUGUGUAGAGCAAGGUUUGGCAUCAGAUGCUGAGAAUUAUUACAAACAAGCGCUAAAGAUUCUGGUUGAUAUGCAGAAUGAUGAAUGUAAUUUUGUUAUCUCGGAGUGCCGUAUUGGCAUUUCAAAAGCCAUCAUGAUGGAUAACAGGGUAUCUGAAGCAAGAACAGUUUUGGAUGAAGCUUUCAUUGCAGCCAAAACUUUGCCUGCGAGUUUCAAAAAAUAUUAUUUUCUUUGGGAAAUUGGAAAAUUGUGUGAAAAACUUGGUGAUAUCAGUCUUGCUCGACAAUGCUUUAAUAAAGCCUUAUGGACGUGCAAGGAGGAAUCAAACGUCGACAAGAAACUCCCGAUGUGGGAGUUCAGCUUGGAGAUGAAGCUUGGAGAUUUGGCAAAAAAGGCUCGGCAAAGUCAUUACGACCGCGCGGCUGAAAUAUUAUGGCAACAUGUUGCAACCGGACAAGCUGACUCGUUGACUGUUCUCCUUUUUUUAUUUUGGGUUGGAAAGUACACGUAUGUAGACUUAUAUGAGACGAUAAGACUUUUGUUCGAAACUUUAAAAGUUAGCGAAAAAGUAUACGGAACAAAUGAAUCCAAUGAGAUGGUCACGAAGAUACUUGGACACCUAUCGGACACGUAUUUCAUGACAGGAGAUAUACAAGCCUCUAUAAAGUAUAGAGAGCUUCUGAUAAACAUGGAGAUGGAUCUGCAUUUAUCAAACCCAUUUCAUGAACAUAUAUCCCAGAAUUUGAUGAUGUUGGCCUUUUUUUUCUUGGAAACUCCCGGCGGUAUUGAAACUGUCGAACGUGCUUACAAAUUCCUUUUAUCUGCUCAGAAGGACCGGGCGUCAACACACGGUACUGCAAAAGCAAACGCUGCCAGAUGUUUCACUCCUCUGGGCAUAUUAUUCUAUACUUUAGGUGACCUGGAAAAAGCCGAGACUUCGAACGAAAUAGCGAGUCAGUUAUUUAGCGAAAUUCACGAAAGUGUUGAAAGAGAAAAACUGCCGUGCAAAACAAUGUGCGACAUGAUGAAAAAAAUAUUACCAUCGAAGGAUAUAUCACCGUUACAUACGAAAAAACUUUCCGAAUAUAUUGCAGGAUUAUUUCCUACUAUUUGUAAUAUUAAACACAACCGGGACCAAAUGUUGUCAAAUCGCUUUAAUCUCGCUGUUGCACUCGGAUUAUUUCCUGAUGAUUCACUCAAUCCAGAAUCAUCCAGCUUGGGGGUAAUUAACUUAAAACGACACUUUCAGUUAGAUGCUCUCGAGAAGAAGACUGGAAAUGUCAAUCAGGCACCAAAAAUACAAACGUCUCUUCUAGCUCAAGAUUUAUCUCUUUAUCAAAGCUGUCCCUUUGGUUAUGUUGAAAAGUUAAUCAGCGAUGCGAUCAAAGCCAAGGAAGACAAUAGCCCUGGUGGUGGUAUUGGAUCUUUAGCUCUUGCUUUACAGCUGCAAUCUAACUGGAGACAGAAAACUAAAAUUCUUAAAUUGCGUGGAGAAUGUUAUUUAUCCCGGGGAGAUUUCCGAACCGCUGCGAUUUAUUUCACUGAAGCCGUUAGCGUUUAUGACGGUGAGACAGUAGACAAUCGUGAUGACCUGUGUGAAUAUUCAGAAGUGUUGAUUGGUUUAAUAAAAAGCGAGAUGCUGUGCCAGAAUAUAGCGGCUGCAUGGCUGAAAUGUCAAGAGGCGAUGAAACUGGUGUCUGAUUAUGAACACAGAGAAUCCGUACAUCUGCAAGCAGUAGAGGUGUUUUACCUUGGAGCAAAAUGCAUGGAUAUUUUGUCAGAAAGUGAAGAAAAUAAAGAUGAUAAGCUUGCCCAAGCUUGCUUGUUGUGUCAACAAGCUCUUGCCUUCAUCAAGAACGUUGAUCACACAAGGAACACCAGUGAGUUGGUGGAAGAACUUGGAAGCUCAAAGCGUGGAAAAUUGUUUGCCUUGAAAUGUGAAGUGCAGCUGUUGUUGGCGGCCAGUUUCCUAAAGUUACAUAAAAAAGAGGAAGCAAAAAGAAUUUUGAAAGAGAUGGAGGAAUUAUUGAUAAAUAUUGCCGCCGACUUUGAAUCUCUUGCUGCAAAUUCUAUGCCUGGAGGCAAGCCUGGAUCUGUCUCCUACUUUCAUGGAUUGGUCGAGUAUUAG